UACAGCAUUGAGGAACAUCAGUGAAGCAAAGUGGAAUGUGCCCACUAUCAUGCCCUUUACUGAAGACGUCCAGAAAAUGCAUACAUAUCUCAGUGAAGUGCAAGACAAGUGGUUCAAAACACUCUCUGAAAGUCCCUCUACUAAAGCCUGGAUGGAGCUGGCAAAGGUGUGUCUAGCCCAGAUGAUUCUCUUUAACCGCCGCAGGGAAGGAGAGGUUUCGAGCAUGCCUUUGUCUGCAUUUCUAUCAAGAGACACUUCUGAUCCACAUGAGGAUGUGGACUGGGCACUCUCUGAAGUGGAAAAAAACUCUGCAGACACUUCACAAGGGUUAUCACAAGGGGAAAGCGUGGUCGACCAGUUCCAAUUCUUCUGACUCCAAAAAUGCUAUGUGCCUUAGAACUCCUUGUUAAGCAGAGAGAGGCUUGUGGGGUUCUGAAAAACAAUCCCUAUAUGUUUGCAAGACCAGAAGCCAUGACACAUUUUCGAGGGUCAGACUGCCUCCGUGGCUUUGCUAAGGUGUGUGGCGUAAAGUGUCCCAAGUCACUGACAUCUACAAGACUGCGAAAGCAUGCCGCAACGCUUUCAACUGUGCUGAAUAUGACUGACACAGAGAUGGACCAGCUGGCAAACUUUCUUGGACACGACAUAAGAAUCCAUCGUGAGUUCUAUCGACUCCCUGAGAAGACCCUGCAACUUGCCAAGAUCAGCAAAGUUCUAAUGGCUCUUGAGCAAGGAAGAUUAGCUGAGUUCCAUGGCAAGAACUUGGAUGAAAUUGGGAUAGAUCCUGAUGAAAAAGUUAUUGACUGUGAUGAGGAAGACGGGGGCAUACAAGAGAGACACUGUUCAUCUACUGUUGACGAACCAUCUUCAGAGGUGGCACUUCCUCCUACCGAGAGGAAUGACAUGCUGCCACCACCCAAGAGACCACGCAGACCACCAUCAGAUGAAGAGAUGCCUUCAGGAGCCAGUGCUGUGAGGCCUUCUUCCAAAGGUAAAAGAACCCAGAAGACACCCUGGCAGCAGACAGAGGUGCAGGCGGUUGAAAGGCACAUGCAGCGAUUCAUCACAUCGCUCACUGUACCAGCAAAGAGCGACUGUGAGAAAUGUUUGAAAGCUGAACCAGGAGCGCUGAAGAACCACGAUUGGAAGACUGUAAAAUUUUACAUUUAUAAUCGUAUUACAGCUUACAAAAAGAAAUUGCAGUGCAAAUAAUAAUAAUGUGAAGAUCCAACUCUGUCAUGGCAGGUUUUGUUCAAGAUGUUAAAAGGUUAAAGAUGUUUUUGGGUUUACUAACCCUUUAAAACUACAGAAACACGUGUAGGCUAUAGAAUAACUUUAUUUGAAAUAUUUUAUGAUGACCACCAGUCGGAAAGCAUUGGUCGAACAAAGUUAUUUUAUGGUUGUAGUUUGUUUAAAUCCACAUGUAUGUGAAAGCAUGUGUGAAAGUUAUAUAUAUUUUUUUUAUACUUUUAAUAU